CAGGUGGCCACCUUUUGGGAGAUAUGCAAGAAGGAGCUCGAGGACCGGAAGGCGGAGGGACGCAACAAGGAACGGGAGAUGGAGGAGCUCGAAGAGCGACACCAGGUGGAGGUCAAGGUCUACAAGCAAAAGGCGCGCAUCCCCUCAUCUCCACCCCUCCGAGUCAAGCACCUGCUCUAUGAGCACCAAAACAACGUCGCACAGCUCAAGGAGGCGGGAGAGCUCGCGCUCAAGCUUCAGCUGGGAGAGCACCACUCAAACGAGUCCGAGUCGAAGAAGGACAAGCGCUCGCUCAAGCUGGAGCUGAAGGAGCUCGAGCUGGCGCACGAGGAUGCCAUCCGCGAGCUGCGGCUCGAGAAUGACAAGAACAUCACCAAGCUGAGGCAACAGUACGAGCGCGAGGUGACCGAGCUCAGCUCCAAGUACGAAAAGAAGAUGAAGUUACUGCGAGACGACCUCGAGCUGCGGCGCAAGGUGGAGAUCCUCGAGAUCGAGGAGCGCAAGAACAACCACAUCAAUGAGCUCAUGAAGAAGCACGAGAAGGCCUUCGGCGAGAUCAAGAACUACUACAACGACAUCACGCACAACAACCUCGACCUGAUCCGUUCGCUCAAGGAGGAGGCCACCGUUGGCCGUGCGUCGUGUGCGCAGGUGGCAAAUGAGAAGCUGAUGUACGAGAUUGCGCAGGAGAACAAGAAGCUCUCCGAGCCACUCUCACGCGCGCUCAAGGAGGCGCACGGCGCAGGGGCGCGCUGCUGCGGCGAGGCCCCCGAUCUCUCAGCUGUGCCUCGCCACCCGACACAGGUGGAGGGCCUCCGGAAGGAGCUCGCAAACUACUCAAAGGACAAGGUGCUCGGACAGCGGCACUCUCACGUGGAGAAGGAGCGGGACGCGCUUUACGACAAGUUCGAGGCGACCAUCUACGACGUGCAGCAAAAGUCGGGCUUCAAGAACAUCCUUCUCGAGCGCAAGCUGGCCACGGUGAACGAGACGCUCGAGCAAAAGGACGCUCAGCUCUCCGAGGUACUCUCGGCGGCCAACCUGGACCCCGCUGUGCUCGGCUCAGUCUCGAAGCGGCUCGACGAUGUGCUCGCCGGUAAAAACGGCACCAUCAAGGAGCUGCAGUACGAGCUCGCGCGGGUAACCAAGGCGCACAACGACGUGAUUCGUACCUACGAGGCGCGGCUGGAGGAGCUCGGUGUCCCAACGGCCACCAUGGGCUUCAGGCCUCGCCAGCUUGCCACUGUCACAGCAACUGGCGCGGCGGGCCUCGUCACUGCAACUUAA